CGCGUUGUCGAUGAUUCACCUGCCCCUUUCCAGCCAGGUCACUCAUAUGUGAGCGUGGCGCCGCAGGGUAAUGUAACAAUUUUGGCAAAAUGAGCUCGGAAUUUACGGAAGGAGGCCAUGCUGGGAGUGAUGUCGAUCUUACCAGCCUCAACUGGCUACACAAUCUCAAUAUCAUGAGUAUCUCAUCUUUGCCAACACCACCGUCCUCACCUGGACCAUCUCCACUGCCCGUUCACACUCAGCAACAGCCACUACAGCGAAAUUCUCACUCCACAGUACCUGUUGCAAACAUAGAAGAUUAUCGCAACUGUGGAGACCGUAAACCUCCUUACUCCUAUGCUACUCUGAUAUGUAUGGCCAUGGGUGCCAAUAGCAACAAAAUGACGCUUUCUGCUAUAUACAGCUGGAUUCGUGAGAACUUCCUUUAUUACCGAAAUGCUGAUCCUAGUUGGCAGAACUCAAUACGUCACAAUCUGUCACUAAACAAGUGUUUUGUGAAAGUACCUCGCUCUAAAGAUGAACCAGGUAAGGGUGGUUUCUGGCGGCUGGAUGUGGAUCAGUUGGAAGAAGGGCGAAGAAGGAAAAGACGCUGUAGCACUCAAAGUGGUAGCAACGUAAAAUCAGCCACGGCAAAGGUUAAAGUAAGAUCUAUACAAUGUGAGAAAAAAGAUCAACAACAAAAGAAAUUGCAGCAGCAGCCACAGCAUGUGCAACCACAGCUGCAGCAACAACACCAGCCACAACUACUGGCAAAUCCUACAACACCUGCAAUGUGUCUCAGCACAUCACACCAACAACAACUACUUAGUGCACCUUCAAUGGUUCCUACUGUUGUCUCUGUCUCUACUAAUUCGGUCACUGAUUCUACUUCAAAUUCUAAUUUUGUAACUUCCAACACAUCCAGCAAUGCUCCAAUUGUCAUUGGUGAAGAUGAUUUGGCCACUAUGCUGCUGGCAAGUGAAGGAUGGGAUACAGCUCAGAUAGAGCUUCUUGACUGGUUGCUUGAUACACUAUAA